AUGAGGAGACAGCUCCAGAACGGCGUGAUGUGGCCGAGCGAGCGGGCGGUGACGCGGAGCUUCCGGGCUGCGACCAUGAUACAGGAGAUGGAGCGCAGCCCGAGGGGGAUGCCAGUUCAGAGGCGACCGUGUCCGGCGACGAGCGCUUGCCUGAGCUGGAGGAGAAGAACCUUUCGGAGCCGGAGGCCUACGAGGACGACUUCGAGAACGCCUCCGAGAAGUCGGAGAGCCGCUGGAGAAAGAGGAGGAUAUAGGAAAGGAGCGGCCUCAAGAGGACGCCGGGGGAAAGGGCAGAGCGGCCGGAGAAUCAGCUGGAAGAGGCAGAACAGACCGAGGAGGCGGAAAGAGAAGAGGCGGAAAGAGAAGAGGCGGAAAGAGAAGAGAAGGAAGAGAAGGAAGAGAAGGAAGAGAAGAAAGAGAAGGAAGAGAAGGAAGAGAAGGAAGAGGAUGAGGAGGAAGACGAAGAGGAGGAGCAGGAAGUCGAGGAAGAUGAGGAAGAUGAGGAAGAAGUGGAAGAAACAGAUAAAGAUGAGGAACGAGAGGAUGAUGAGAAGGAUAUCGCUGAGCAAAGCUGUGUCAGCGAGUUCAGAAGAGAAGAUGCCGAGGAUGAGGAGGAUGAAUCGGAGCCAGAGGCGUCUGAGAGCUCCACCCCGGAGCCGGAGGAUGCCACUCGGCGAGAGAAGCAAGCACAGCGACGAGAGGAGCGUCGCGCAGAGGCGGCGGCACCCGAGCUCUACAAGGACCUGGACGAUGACCUUCUGCGGCGUCGCAGGGGGAAGAAGGGUCGGAGGAGGUACAGUGAGGACCCGCCCGAGAUCCCCCCGGUGGAUGAGGCGAAGAAGGCCAAGCGUGCAGCCAAGAAGGCCGCCCGCGCCAAGGAAGAUAAACCCGAGAAGGAGGCAUCAUCCGCCUCCAGUCGAGAGGCGCGCGCCAAUCGCCGGAGGAGAAAUUCAAAACGGUGCGACACAAGUGAUGAGGAGCAGUCCGUCACGCCUGAGCAGGAUCUUCCCGCCGGCCGGAAACGCCGAAGCCCCCGGCGAUGACCGGCGCGGAUGCCUGGCGCUCCGAAACUUUUAA